AUUGUGAACAAACCGUUGAAAAGAAAGAAAAGACUUUUCUUGUUCAGAACUUUGAAAAUUCCUUCUCGCUCUUACGACUUGCAUGAUCAUCGAAUCACCAAGGAUAAACCAAACUCCCCUAGUCCCCUGUAAUAUCCAAUUAUCUUCUGACCCGUUCUCUCUGUUCUUGAUUUCCUAUGUCUAGAUUCAUGGUCUCUUUUUUGUUCUUACUCAUCCAGCUUUUGAGCUUCUCUGUUCAAGCUCAGCGUACGAAGACACCACCAACAACAGAGUUCACUUUCCAAGGUUUUAGUGAAAACAAAUCGGAGAUUCAAACAGAAGGAGCAGCGAUCAUCACACCAGAUGGGCUACUCUUAUUAGCUGAGUUUAUUUAUAGCAAUGAUAUAUAAAAUAGAUACUCUUAUUUAUAUUAUCUUCUAUAAUUAUGCUAAUAGAAAAUUAGAUAUAUUUAGUUUGCACAUUCAUAGUUAAAAAAAAAAAAAUUGUUGCAAUUUGUAAAUUAUACAUGAUAUUUUGAUUCUUUUAAUAUGAGCAGUAAAAUCAUGUAUAAUAUUUACAAAAAGUAACUAAUAUUAUAGAGAUGCUCAUCUUGAAAUGUCUACAUCAUUGUAUCCUGACUUUGUAAGUUGAUGAGUAAAGAAUUUAUACGUUUAGAAAAGAAAUGAAAAUAAAAUAAAAGUCCCUAGCCUCUCAACAGAUCAGAGAAAAAGUAUUUUCUGUGGUUAGAUUUCCUCAAACCCAGUUUCCAUGUAUCCUCCGCUCUUCAUCACCUUAGUAGUCUUCUCCGUCGCUAGCUUCCCGUCGUGCUUCUCCGCUGACCAACAGUACGAGGAGUGCCGAUUACCUCUGAGAUGUGGAUCGGAACCGUCGGUGUUGUUCCCGAACAUCACUUACCCAUUUUGGGGUAAUAGCAUCGGCAAACCCAAUUUCUGCGGUCAAACAGAGUUCGAGCUUUCCUGCAAGGAGAAUCAAAAUUUAACCCUAGAAAUCGAGAAUUUCACACUUCGUGUUGUUUCUGCGAAUCUGGAUAACAAGAUAAUCACUGUAGCCGAUGAGAGUUUCUUACACGAUGGUUGCCCACAGAUUUUCAACUUCACGGGGGCUAUGCAGUUCACAUUAAACCAUAACACCGAGACAAUCUUUCUAUUCAAUUGUCCCAGUAAUAACCCGGUGACAACUUCGUCAACGAUUACUUGCCAACUAAGCAAUAGCAAUCUAAUAACAUAUCAUGCCUUUGGAUCAACUAAUCCUCCUCAAAAUUGUACCAUGGUUGGAGAAAUUCCGAUGCUUGCGUCUGCUAAGAACCUUCUUCAGCAGUCGAAUGCCUCAGAUCAAUCAUUGAAGAUGGCUUUGGAAAAAGGGUUCGAUUUGAGGUACGAUAGUGAAGACGAUGUUUGCCAAGCUUGUACCAAGUCCAAAGGGAUUUGUGGUUCGGAGGUACGAUCGGGAAAUUUCAUGUGCCUGUGUGCAGACAAGCCUUACAACUCCUCGUGUAAGGAUGUCCAAGGCCCCAAUUAUGAAGUAAAAAUAGGAAUCGCGGCAGGUGUUACAUUUUUGGGGUUACUUCUUUUAUCCGUAAGCUGGUUCUGUUACAACACCCAGCGCAUGAAGACGUCGGAUGAUCCAAGACAACAAAAUCUAAAGGCCCUUAUUCCACUAAAACACUAUAGCUAUGCGCAAGUAAAGAGAAUUACAAAGUUAUUUACCGAAGUGGUUGGGAAAGGUGGAUUUGGCACUGUUUAUAGAGGAACCCUUUGUGACGGUCGCCGUGUUGCAGUGAAGAUUUUGAAAGACUCAAAGAGUGAUGGGGAAGACUUCAUCAAUGAAGUUGGGAGCAUGAGCAAAACUUCUCAUGUUAACAUUGUUGACUUGCUUGGAUUCUGCUCUGAAGGUUCCAAGAGAGCAAUUAUUUAUGAAUUUCUAGAAAAUGGGUCUCUUGAUAAAUUCAUCUCAAACAAGACCUCGGUGGACAUGGAUUGGAUGACACUUCACAGGAUCGCACUAGGAGUUGCUCGUGGGAUAGAGUAUUUGCAUCAUGGCUGCAAAACAAGGAUUGUACAUUUCGACAUAAAACCACAUAAUGUACUCUUAGAUGACAAUCUUUGCCCCAAAGUUUCAGACUUUGGCCUUGCUAAGCUUUGUGAGAAGAAAGAGAGCAUCUUGUCAAUGCUGGACACAAGAGGUACAAUAGGGUACAUUGCUCCUGAAUUGUUUUCAAGAAUGUACGGCAGAGUUUCACACAAGUCAGAUGUGUAUAGUUACGGAAUGUUAGUUCUUGAGAUGAUAGGAGCAAGGAACAAAGAACGAGCUGGUCAAAAUUCUGAAUCAAAUGCAAGUUCAAUGUACUUUCCUGAAUGGAUAUAUAUGGAUCUUGAAAAGGGAGACAGUGGAAAGCAUAACAGGAAUGUAAUUACCAGCGAAGAAGAGGAGAUGGCAAAGAAGAUGACAUUGGUUGGUUUGUGGUGUAUUCAACCUUCCCCAUCAGAUCGCCCGCUGAUGAACAGAGUGGUAGAAAUGAUGGAAGGAAGUGUGGAUUCUCUUGAAGUCCCUCCCAGACCUGUUUUCCAAAUUCCCGCCGCACCAUUUCAAGAACCUUCUACGCUGUCAGAGGAUAUAUCGAGUUACAAAGAUGUAUGUUCAAUGGAUGUCGCAUAAAGAACGAUACCUCGUGAAGCACAAAACCAUGCAACAAUUAUAUUUAUACAAAAGUAUGUUACAGGAGAAUUCAUUCCCUAAUGACUGACUGUAGGGUAUGAUUUUCUCCAUAAACUGUAAAUGCUUUUAGUUUAUGAGCAAACCUACUGUGCGUGAGUGUAAAAUUUAAAUGUUAUUCAGAUAAAAAAGGAUCACUUGAACACA